AUGGUUGUUGCAAGGACAAGUGCAACUGAAAAGGCUGUAGUUCUCCAGGACAAGUCGCUCAAUCUGUAUAAUAUUGAAUAUCAUGAUGAUUAUAAUUCUGACCACAUCCAGCAAAAAUCACAUCGAAUGGCAAUAUCAUUUAGAAAAUCAAUUUUAAGCAGAGCUACAAAUACAACUCCUUCAGUAAUGGUGACAG